CAUGCGCAGGGCGGUGUUGGCAGCGGCGGUAUGGGGCGGCCGGCGCUGGCCUUGUGGGUUCUGGCGGUGACCGUCGUGUGGCGGCUGGAGCCAGCCGUGGCGGGCGGACCGGCAGAUGCCAAAUGGAAAACUAUAACUGACCAAAUUAAGAAAGCUGUGGAAGUCUAUAAGCCGUGUGUAAAGGAGAAUUGCAGCUGCCACCAAAGUGUCUGGAAGCAGGACCUUGCUCCUUUUCGAGGUGGCAUUUCCAAGGAGACAAUAUCAGAUGUGGUGAGCAGGAAGCUUGGGACGCACUACCAAAUCAUUAAGAACAAAUUGUACCGUGAGCAGGACUGCUUGUUCCCUGCAAGAUGCAGUGGAGUUGAGCACUUCCUUCUGGGGAUCAUCAACCGCCUCCCUGACAUGGAAAUGGUGAUCAAUGUGCGAGACUAUCCCCAGGUCCCCAAGUGGAUGAAACCCAUUAUUCCAGUCUUUUCCUUCAGUAAGACACCUGAAUACAAUGAUAUCAUGUAUCCUGCCUGGACGUUUUGGGAAGGAGGACCAGCUGUUUGGCCAAUUUACCCAACAGGUUUAGGACGCUGGGACCUCAUGAGAGAGGACCUCAGGAGAUCUGCAGAAAAAUGGCCGUGGAUGAAAAAAAUCUCUAAAGGAUAUUUCCGAGGAUCCAGAACGAGCCCUGAGAGAGAUCCCCUAAUUCUGCUGUCCCGAGAAAACCCAGAACUUGUUGAUGCUGAGUACACUAAAAACCAGGCUUGGAAAUCUGAGAAGGACACCUUGGGAAAACCUCCUGCAAAGGAAAUUCCGCUGGUUGAUCACUGCAAAUACAAGUAUCUGUUUAAUUUCCGUGGAGUGGCUGCCAGUUUCCGGUUGAAACACCUUUUCUUGUGUGGUUCACUUGUCUUUCAUGUUGGAGAAGAGUGGUUGGAAUUCUUCUACCCCCAGCUGAAGCCUUGGGUCCACUACAUCCCAGUCCGAUCAGACCUCUCUGACAUCAGGGACCUGUUGCAAUUUGUAAAGGAAAAUGAUGCCAUAGCACAAGAAAUUUCAGAAAGGGGACGCCAAUUCAUCACCGAGCACUUGCAGAUGGAGGAUGUCUCUUGCUACUGGGAGCAUCUGCUGUCUGAGUAUUCCCAAGCCUUGACUUACAAAGUGAAAAGGAGGAAGAGCUACAGUGAGAUCACUUCUGAACGGCUGAAAACAGAACUGUAGAGACUUCUCUGUUUUUCUCUUCAGCUCAAACUGAUCUCUGUGGAAAUCUGAAGAUCAGUGUAACUUCUUUCUUGUUCUCUCAGACUUCUUAUCCUUUACACUAGAAAGACAGAGAACAGCAAUAGGCUAACUUUGAAAUUGCUCCCGUACAGUGAGACCCAGUUAUGCUGUCACUGUAAGAACGUGAAGUAGCAUGUUGGAUUAUGGCUAUAAUGGGGUGGUUGUGCUUGUUGCUGGAAGAGGGUUCUUAGCAUUUGGGACUUAGUUACUACCUGUCUCAGAAUGAUCCUAAAUCCCAUUCAGUCAAUGAGAAGCCUUUCUGUUAAUUUUACUGGACUUUUUACCAAGUCCUUGUGGGCAAGGUACACAGACUGUCAGCUGCACUCAGCUGGAGAUACAUGACAACCAGCCCCCUUUUUUUUUUUUUUGAUGGUCAUUGUUUUCUCACUUGGGAUAUUAGGUGUUCUCUGACAGAAGCAGGUACUGGGAUUUGGGGUAACCUUUCUAGAUAGCUUAGAGCUUAGUUUUCUGAUGUUUGUGUCAGGUUUUUAAAGAGGUUGAUGGUAAGGCUUUGAUGUGCCAUUGAAAGGACAAAUGGUCCUUGCACAGUUAAACUACCUACCUCAUAGGGGAGCGGCUGAUCGUAAUGAUGUUGCCACUCUGGUCAGGCUGAGUAGCAGACAGUCAAGCAGUUGGCAACUGAGAUAAAGAUGGUUCAUCCUCUGACAGAUGAGCUGGGUGCCCGCACAGCCAUGCAGAACUGAACCCCUGGUACCAAGCUCUCACUGGCUGGCUGGCCAGACAUCCUUAAGAACCCAGAGAAAGUAUACACAGAGGUAGAGCUCUUCUUUUUUCCAGAUGUUCACAGAUUCUCUGCUCUGAUCCCCUUCUGUAUUCUCUCUAGGGUUGUUUUUGUUGGUGGGGUUUUUGUUUUUUGGGUUUUUUUCAGGCUGGUAGCACAUCUGCUCACUUCAGUAUUCACUUUUCUUUCCCACUGCUGUUGCAUUCCUUUUCUGAUCUCUUUCAGUCUGGUUGAAGGAAUGUCUUCAGUCACACACAGCAGCAGCUACACUCCACGUUACCUGGUUUGAGCCCAGUCACAGGUUGCUUGUGCUUGCUCUAUUUAUGCCCAUUACGGGCUGCUCAGCUCAGAGGGAGUGCAAUUUCUGAAAUGCUCUGUGGUCCCUGAGUUGAGAGGCCUGGUAGGACGUAGCGUCUUCUCUGGCAUCCAAACAGACACUCAGAAGAGUGUGGGCAGCAGUGUCUGCCUCCCAGGUGAGCACCCUUGAUGAUAAAGCGGCCUCGAGGCGUAGGAAGCAGCGUGCUAAUGGAAGAGAACAAUACAACAGCUCACGGUCUCCUCUGCAGUCAGUUUGGAUCAGAGAAGAAGAAAACACUACAAGGAACAGUAACGCUAAGUGCAUGCACACACAUAUGCGCUCACGGAGGCCUGGCAGCGCUGCCCAGCCCUGGGACUGGGACGUAACUGCCAGACCUAUUCGUCAAGUGCUGGUUACAUGACCAGUGCCUGGGUUAUCCAGCAGGCAAAGGAAACAAAUCGGGGUAUUAAAAUAGCCUGGUUUCUGAGGAAAAGACCUGUGCAAGCGUGGAAGGGAUUUUCUGGUUUGGGAUUUUUAGUCAACGGAGAAACGCCACUUUCAGAAACUGAAACAGCUAUGUAUAAUGUUUUAAAACCAUUUAUAAUGAAGUGCUUUUGCAAUAAAACAAAUGAAAAUGAA